GCAUGAAGCACCUCAUGGGAGGCACAUGGCAGCACAUGAGGAGGCAGCGGCUGCUCCCAGCCCUCUGUGUGCUCUUCACAGGAGGCCUUGAAUCCGUGUUUCCCUGGCCGCGAUCUGAGCGCGUCAUCCCCGUGGCUGCCUAAUGAAMACACAGCGCUAUUUAGAGGUGUGGGAAGGCACCCAAACCUGGCUCGGUAGCCAAUUGCCCUGUGCCCGGGGCCACCUGGCGCGGCUGGCCCGUCCCCGCACAGCCGGGCCCAGGGUGGCUCGGCGCUCCGGCCCCGCUCCGCAGCGCAGUUCCGGGAGCCGCGGGCAGGUGAGGAGGAGGAGGAGGAGGCGGAGGGGCCGCGAUGAGGCUGCUGCUGCUGGCGUGUCUGCGGGCGCAGACCGGCAACGCCACCACGGCCGCCAGGAUCCAGAAUCACCUACAUGCUGCAGGUCACASCUGUGUCCUCAAAGAUGCUUUCAUGUAUGAAAGUCCAGCUGAAAUAGCAAAUCUGACCUCCACAGACAAGUUUGAUGCAGCCCUGGCCAUUCAUCUCUAUAAAGGAGGMAGACUUCUGCAAGGUAGCAGAAUUCCUUUUGGAAUCAUCUUUGGUGGGACAGAUGUGAAUGAAGAUAUCAAAUGUAAAGAGAAACGUCAGGUGAUGGGAGCAGUGCUGGAGGAAGCCAGGUUUGCAGUGGCUUUCACAGUGAAAAUGAAGGAGCUGGCAGCAGCAGAGUGGCCAGAUUCCAGGAAGAAAAUAUAUGUCCAGAGUCAAGGAAUUAAAACUACACCCAGUGAAACCUUUGACUGGUACACAUUUCUACAGAAUGCAGACAUUCCCACAGACACAGACAAUUUGCAUCUGUUUCUUCUGGUGUGUGGACUUCGAAGAGUCAAGGACCCUCUGUAUUUAGUGGAAGUUUUCUCAG